AUGACUGCUUCAAACCAACAAGGAACGGGACUGGUGGUCCUUAUAUGGGUUCUGACAGGCAUCGCGGUGGUCGUGGUCGCUUUGCGCGUCCUGGCCAAGGUGAAGAUUCGCCAAUUCAGGAUGGAUGAUGUUGUGAUGAUCUUUGCGCUGAUCCUGGGUAUCAUUGCCGGGUCCUUUAACACCAUUGGGGUCAAGUAUGGAUAUGGCCGGCCGGAUGCAACCGUCCCCGAACCUGAUGCGAUGCUGGCUCGAAAAUUCUACAUCAUAGGACAGGGAUUUCUUAUCGGCUGUACAGCCAUGGGGCGCGCCGCCUUUGUGUUAUACCUCUUGGCCAUCCUGGGAGGCCAGAAAUGGCAGCGCAUCAUCCUAACGGCCCUCGCUGUGAUGGAGGUUAUCUUCAAUUUUGUCGCCAUCAUCUUGAUCUUCGCUUCUUGCUCGCCCGUGUCGAUGCUUUGGGAUUAUACCGUUGUCGGAACAUGUCAGCCGGACUCCAUUCAGGUCGACUGGGGCUAUUUCCAGAGCGUAUUCAACACCUUCGUCGACCUUUACCUGGCCGUGGUUCCCACCUAUAUCUUCUGGCACCUCAAACUCAAAGUAGCAAUCAAACUGAGUUUGAUUGCACUCAUGAGCUGUGGCCUGGUUGCCAUGGCGGCCGCGCUCGCCAAAACCAUCCAGCUCCCCGAAAUCAACAACGAAACCUUAGGCGGCACUAUAAACCUCAUCCGCUGGGGAUAUCUGGAAGCGAACCUGGUGAUUAUCACCGCGUCUCUACCGUGUCUUCGCUCCCUCAUUCUUUCUGGGUUUCAUUAUAUGACCAGUAGCGGACAGCGGUCACGCUCGUAUGAGCUGGGUGCAGCAUUCACGGGGACCCGAGCGGCGACGACCUCAGUCACAGCGCACAAUACUUCGCAUCGAAAGACCGACUCGCGUUUGCGCGGUAUGCUUUCUAACAGGAACAAUGGCGAUGACGGGGCGAGCAUCGACCACAUACUCGGUAGUCGCAAUAGUUUUGAUGGAAUUGAGACGAGUGGAAGUAGUCAGGACUUGGGAACUGGGUCGGUUGGCAUUCGAAAGCAGGUGGAAGUGACUGUGGUUGCGCAUGAUCAACCGCACGAUGAUAGGGGGGGCGUAUAG